GUCAGCCCUGUGUCACAUGACCAGUGUAAUAACAUUACUGACUGAAUGGAUGAUUCGGUUAGGCCAACAUCCUUUGCUGUAGAAAUGUGAACUAGAGUCUAGAUCUAGAUAUUCUAUCUCUCUUUACCCGGCAUAAGACGUUGGUGUAUUCAGUGAAGAAGUGAAGACUUACAAGGAGAGUGUCGCGUUUUGAGGUAUAAUUUCGUUUUCAAUAAAUUCUGUUAUUAUUCGAGAAGCAGCUUUUGAUUUCUAACUCUGAAAAAAGUCUGGUUUGCAGUUGGCGAGAGUUGUGGAUAGUUUCUGACAAGGCUACGUAUUCCACACCUUAAUUCUUGAUAGCGUUCUGGUCACCAUGGCAACGGUCGACACGGCUUCUGCUGGGUUGGUCCCCUUUGAUGUCACAACCGUCCUACUGACAGCAACGCUGGGACUGGUGGUAUACUUCGUCUACAGCCUUUUUAAACCUACAGAAGAGUGGGAACAGUAUGGCGUGAAACAGCCACAGCUUCCGAGGCUUGGAUUUGUAGAUUUCAGGGCUGGAUUUAAAAAGCUUUUGGAGGAGUACGGCGACACUGUUGGGUUGAAAAGGGCCAACCUUCAACUUCUCACACGAGACCUUGACCUUCUGAAAGAGAUACUGGUGAAAGACUUCAACUAUUUCGUGGAUAGGUCUACCGCACUGGUCUCAAACACAUCCAUAACCUCGAGUUUGUUCUUCGCAAAGCGGCAACACUGGAAGAAAUAUCGUCGUAUUAUGUCCCCAUCUUUCAGCACAGGCAAGCUGAAGGUUGUGGGCAAGACAGUAGAAGAAACAGCCCUGACACUUACCAGGUUUUUCGAAGAGUGUGCGCGGAAAGAUCAGCUGAUCCCCAUCAAAGAGACAACGGGCCAAUAUACUAGCCAGAUCAUUGCAAAGACAGCCUUUGGCUUCAGUACUGAUUGUAUUGGAAAAGAAGACGACCAGUUCACGUACUACUCCAAGCAUAUCUUUAAAAUCCGCAGUAAGAUAGCUAGGUAUUUUUUGGUGUUUCUUCUCAGGUUUCCGAUCGUGCAUCGGUUUCUAGUCAAGACACUGAAGCUGGAGUAUUUCGACCCUGUAUACCAAAAUGCUGAUCAGUACUUCAGAUCUGUUCUUAGCACAUCGGUCAAACACAGAGAACAAGUGCAGAGGGAAGGAAAAAAGAAUCCCACCGAUUUCCUACAGCAGCUCGUGAACGCUAAAACAGGUUCGCAGACAAAUGGCGAAAGGACGUCAACAGGUCUUGCAAAUGGACACGGUCCUGAGGUCUCUCAAUCACUGACAGAAGAGGAGCUUGUGGCACAGUCGCUCAUCAUUAUCUUUGCUGCCUUUGAGACCACAGCCACUACGUUACAGAUGGCUCUCUACCUGCUUGCUAAACAUCCCGACAUACAGGAAAAACUCUAUGAGGAGAUUCAGUCAGUUGUGACGUCACAGAGUCCGAGCCACGAGGAGCUGGGUCAGCUGACCUACAUGGAGCAAGUCAUUAACGAAACCCUGCGCCUCUACCCCCCGGCGCCACUGAUCACCAGGAAGGCUUCUGAGACCAGGACCUACGGAUCAAUCACCAUACCUAAAGGUGCUGAUGUCAUUGUCCCAAUUGGGAUGAUUCUGACAGACCCCAAACAUUUUCCUGAUCCCGAGAAAUUCGACCCUGAUCGCUUCACAGAAGAAAAUAAGGCCACGAGAAAUCCAAUGGCCUUCAUGCCUUUCGGGCAAGGUCCUCGGACCUGUAUCGGCAUGAGAUUGGCCUACCUGGAGUUAAAAAUGGCGCUCGUGCACCUGUUGAGGAAGGUCAAGGUUGAGAUGAACGAGAGAACGGAGCCAAAGAAAGGCGAAGACGUGGUUGUGUCGUCUCAAGGGUUGAUAGUCAUUGACAAGCCCAUCAAACUGGCCUGUAAAUUGAGAUAAAGCCAGGGAAAAACUAACAAACAAACAAACACACACAUAUACACACACAUACACACACACACACACACACACACACACACACACACACACACACACAUACACUUGUUAUUCUUUCUGACCAAGGAAAGCAGUUGCACUUUCUUUGUGAUACCAAGAAUAUUGUGUUUUUUUGCAAACACAAUACUUUUCUUAAGGGUUGUUUAUUACGAUAAAUUAUGCUUUGGUGUAGGCGAAUGAAGCUAAAGUGCAGCCUAGUACCGUAAGGUCAUAUUAUUAUAGUGUUUACAAACUUCGCAUUGUAGCGUUUUUAAACUCUUCUGCUCCUGGUCUACUUUUUAAUCUUGCAAAACAGCUUAUAGUAUUAUAGUUUAGUGCGUAGUACAAUAGAUGUUUAUGCAGCGACAAGCGACAUGAAUGCAGAACAAAGGAUUCUCACACUUUUGUCAAAUUAAAAAAACCGACCAAAUUUACAGUUUGCUCACGACGUUUAAUCAGAGAAACAAAGAAAUAUACAUUUGAGACGUUGAGUAAACAAUUGCCUCUCCGGUUCAUGUGACCAGAUGACAUUAAAUUAUCCAAGACAACUAAUUGUCUUUGAAAUAGUAUUUAAGUUCAAAUUCCUUAAAAACGUGAUUCAAAGUAAAACAGAUGCCUUUCAAAAUCAUAGUUGUUGUGGGACUUAUUACAGUAACUUUUUAUGUCCUACUUAACUUAUCUAAUGGAUCGCUACUGACCUUGGAAGCUGUGAUAUAACCAAAUUGCAGUCCAUAAAAAGCCACUGGGCACUUCUCGUGCCCUUUCAUUGAAUAAACUUGUGAUGUAUAUAC